AUGGCACGGUCAAAGCGCGCCGACUCGGUCGAGUCAUCGUCGUCGUCGUCAUCGAGCAGCAGCAGCAGUAGCGCCAGUUCGUCCUCCGCUUCUGCGUCUAGCUCCGGAUCCUCGUCUUCUGCAUCGACAAAGAAGCGGUCGAGCAAGAACGAGAAGUAUGUGUUCAAGCCGCCGUACGGCUUCAAGCCGGUCGACUUUGGCAGCUCGGCGCUGAGCGAAGAGGCGCUCGCAUCGCUGCCGUCGACGCACGAGCUCUGGGCGAUCCGCGUCCCCUCGUCCAUCCCACCAUCCAAGCUCGACGGUCUCGUCAUCAAGGUGCCACCACCACCGCCUUCCAAAAAGUCAUCCACCACAGCGGCGACGGGCAGCACGACGGAACCGCUGGCGACGCUGACGCUCCCCGUCACGUCGACACACUCCAACACCUACCACCUCUUCCCGACGGUGCCGCCGUCUGCGACCAAGCCGGAAGAGUCGCAGCUCAUCUCGAUGGCAGCGACGGGAUCCCUCAACCCAUCCAACCCGUCGGCAUCCAACACGUCGCUCCAGGGCAACGCCAAAAAGGCCACAUCGGCCGGCGGUGCCGUCGAGCUCUCGUCCCUCUCGCUCCUCGUCCCCGCCGACGACGCCUCGCAGGGCGGCAGGAUGAAGCUCGCCCGCGGCGCCCUCACGCGGCACCUGCACUUUUCCCUCGCCUCGCCCGCCGAGACGGGCAUCGGCGCCACGCCCAGGGCAAAGACGGAGGUCAAGCAGACGACGGCCAACAACGAGGUCGGCGCCGUCUCGGUUGCCACGGAUACGGGGUUGGAGAAGAAGGAUGCGAGUCUGGGCCAGCGCGCCAACCGGCAGCAGCCCUGGGACAGGCUCAAGGGAUGCUUCAAGCCAGCGGGCUCCUACACCUCGUCUUCCUCGGGCGCGACCAAGCGCGAGGCUCCGGGCGCCGACGAUGCCACCGCGGCCAUGGACGUCGACGAUGCAUCCCCGCGCAAGGAGAAGAAGCAAAAGAAGGACAAGAAGGAAAAGAAGGACAAGAAAAAGUAG